GCCUUCGUUGUGCGUUCGUUGCAACCUAACGUAAAUGGACAAUUCUACAAGUGUUGCGACUGCCAGAUUCGUUGGCAUUGUGUUUCCAACACUCUAUGCAGGCUUUACGGCUUCUGACUCGUUGACCUUCGUUGAACCCAUUGUCAAUCAUGCGUCAAGCCAAAAAGUCAUGGCGAAGCAAUGGCUGAAUGGUUAUCAGUAUGGACCUCUUUGGGUGCCACCGCUUGUCGCUCCUGGCACGUUGGCAAAUGUGUAUCUUGCUCUAUCUGCACCAGAGCCGUUUCAGCGAUCCCUAUACAUCACAGCCGCCAUGGGCAUCUUCAGCAUCCUUCCCAUCACCUUCUUCUACAUGGAGCCGGGUAUAAAUGGAGCGACCAAGUGGAAGGUUCAGACACUGUUGAAGGAUGAGGGUUUCAAUAUGGAAGACACCAGCAUAUGGUAUCCGUCGGCCCACCGCCACGGAUCGACGCAGGCAAGUAGACAGUGGGCAGAAGAGACGGACAUGAAGGAUCUGAUCUUGUUCUGGCGUCGUGUGAACAACUUUCGAUGGGUUCUUGCCCUGAGCGCGGUUGCUUUGAGCGGAUAUGCGACGUUUGCGCAUCUACGAUAGCGGUUCGACUAUUUCGCAAAAGGGCGGUCUCGUGCUUAAGUAGUUA